CAGCCUUCCAGUCAACACCUUGUUGUGACAAUGGUGAUUCCGUAUGUGAUUGUUGUGCUAUGUCUAGUGUCGCCAUCAACUCAAUUCAAUGGAGUUAACAAUUUUGGACAAGGAUUGGGCAAUACCCAAGUAUUUGAUGAUGCAGAAAGCGCCUCUAUUAUUCAAACUGGAGACAGUUUUCCUGCCCAGAUUUCUGUAGUAGAUAGUCCCGAUAUAGGAGAUGGAGGGGGUGGUGGAUUUGGGGGUAUUCUUAUGAUGGGACUUCCUCUAUUACUCCUAUUGGCGCUUCUCGGUGGAGGUACCGCACUCACAACUACGCCUGCUCCAGGCAGUGUUCCUGUCAGUGGAUGUCCAGUUUGUUCCACGCCGGUACAGACAACAUGUCCUACAACAACAACAACACAAUGCAGCCCUAAAGCAGCAUGUCCAGCAGGUUUCGUGACUAUUGCCAAUGGUGAUGCAAAUAAAUGUUACCUAGCAACAACAACUGCUGUGGGAAGUUUUGGCGCUGCAAGUGCAGCGUGUGCUACUGCGGGAGGACAAAUGUUUGAGCCUAGGUCGACAGCAGAACUUGAUGCAGUGCGAACUUCUCUUAUAGCCGCGAGUAGUACGGGAUCAUUUUACCUUGGAUUUUCCAGCAUUAACGAUAUAUUACAAGCCCCAGUAGGGUUUUACUCGGGUGCCGGACUUCCAUUUAAUGCUGUUACAACAUCUCCGGCUUUUACUACUGCCGCCGCUAAUUGUGUUACUGUUGCAAGAACUGGAGGUUAUCAAGGCGGAGUUUGUACUACUGCAGGAGCUAAUGUAGGAGCACUCUGUGAAGCGAGAUUGGAUAAAGUCAACUGUGUGUGUCCCUCAUAGUCCGUCGGAGAAACUUUUUUAUUUCAAUAAAUCAUCUUGUUCCUUU